AGAUCAAACCACCCGAGCUGGACACCGCCGACGUAUUUUUUCGCUUUGGAAAACUGGUUUGACGCUGGAAACAUUCCUCAGAAUCAGCAUGCCCGAGGUUUCAAUAUCCUUAAAACGCGGAUUCCUAUCCGGGUCCUUCCCGAGCUACGCCACCUCUUAGGGAACAUUCCAACCACUGACCGUUACGAAACCGCAAAAAGGGCCCUCGUACAACAUUUCGCAGAGUCGCAGCGAAGCCGUUUACAUCGUUUGCUGUCAGAGAUGAGCCUCGAUAACCGAAAAUCCUCACAGUUGCUCGCCGAGAUGCGGUGUACCGCAAAUGGAGCGAUGACGGAUUCCAUGCUUGUGGACCUGUGGAUUGGACGUUUGCCACCCUAUGUGCAGUCCUCCGUAAUAGCUGCUGCGCCUAACGUGGCGGAUAAGGUGCGGGUUGCUGAUUCCGUGAUGGAUUCCUUCGCGUUAUACCACCGCACGGGUAGCCGGACUGAGUCAACUUUGGAAGAGGUGCUGAAUCGAACAAACCCCUCAGGUCGUUGGCGACCACGGUCACGCUCUCGUCCACGUCAAGCGAACCGUGCUACUACUCCGGCUGCUAGUGGGCUGUGCUACUACCACGUACGUGUAGAGUUCUUCCAUUUAUUCGAUCAUCUCGUCCCGUGGAUGCUUACCAACUAACCAUCACACAUACUACGUUCCUACAUCCUUCCACCUGUCCCACGUAAGUUCGAAUUAUUGUG